AUGAACUACCAAAGCACCACUACGUUAAUAAAAAAUUUUAUUCUCUUAGCUUAUGCUGACAUUUUCAAUGAAAGGAAAUAUGAUAUGAUAGGGACUACAAAAAAUAGCAAUGAACUUGUUAUUCAUUCAUAUAGUUUCGAGAAAAAAGUUUACGAACAAGUUUUUAAAUAUGAAUUUAAAGAACCAAUAUAUUCUGUUACACCAGGAAAUUUUACUGGCAAUGGCAAGACAAGCCUAGUUAUAACGCGUGUUGAAGGAGACCAUUUUAUAAAUAGUUGGAUGGAAUUUCCUGAAGAUAAAAAUCCCAUAAAAAAUUAUAGGAUUGAGGAUCUUAAAUCUUCUGAUCAUCCACCGAUGGCUAUUACAGAUUAUAAUACGGCAAUGCCUGCUAUAGUUUUGGGGCAUAAAAAUAAAAUCACUUUUUAUACAUACGAUAUGACUAAUAAAAAGAUGGUGUCUGAUUCAACUUUUAAAUUAGAUGGCGAUUUGUGUAAAGAUCAUCCAUAUUCUUUUGUUGAUUUAGAUGGCGAUCUUAAAGCCGAAUUGGUUGUUGUAUUGGAAAAAGACAAUAAAAAGGUACUUCAUGUUUAUAAACAUGUUUUGGGUGCCUUUAAAAAGACCUUUUCUCUUAAUUUACCUGAUGGCGAAAUUGGACCAAUUUUAUUUGGUGACUUUACUCAUAAAGGCCUUAACAGUAUGGUUUUUAUUCACAAAACCAAUAAUAAUGAAUACUUCCUCAAUUUUUUUAUAAACAAUUUUUAUAGGAAUAAUCCUGAAUUUUAUAAAGAUAGUGCUUUCUCUGUGGAUGUAAAUACUCAAUUACCUGAAAUAUUUUCUUAUUCUAAAGACAAUUAUAUAAAAAUGCCAUUCAAUGAUAUUGCACCAGGUUGCACACCAAUUUUAAAGAUUGAUUUCUCGGACAAUGAGAGUGAACCAAAUAAAAGUAUACCUGGUGGCAUAUUUUGUACUGAUAUUAAUUUAGAUGGAUAUUUAGAGCUAUUUAUAGUUGCUAAAAAUAAUCAGAAUAAAGAUGUUAUUGUGCCAUUACGGCUUAAUGAUUCUUUGGAUCAAUUUAAAAUUUACAGUAAAGUAAAAAAUUUUUGCAAUCCUGAAAACGUAAAGUCAUUUUCAACUAUUGAUUAUGACAAUCGAGGCAAAGAGAAUAUUAUUAUUAACCGCAGAAGUGAAGGGGAUAUUAUAGUUGAAGAAUAUUACAAUAUACUUAACAAUAACAAUAUGAAGCUUAGUUUUACCACCACAUUAAAAAAUAGUAAGGAUCAUUCUUAUGGUAUGGGACUUCCAGGCACUGCUUAUUUACUUAUAGCUAAUAAUUCACAACAACUUUUCUACACUUGUAAUUUUGGUCCAGGUCCAUUUUUAAGCCUAACAUCUCAGACUACUUUAAUUGGGCUCGGUGAUUCGACUUAUAUGAUUGACAUGUUAAAAAUUGGCCUUCCUGCGGCGCUUAAUGAAUACAAAGGUCUUUAUAUAAUAUCUUCAAGCAUAAUACAAAACUUUGAUCUGAUUAUUUCUGCAGAAAAAAAUGGAAAGUACAAAGUAGAAGCUUUUUUCAAGAUUGUAACAUACUUUAUGAAGAUAGUAUAUGUACUAAUAACUGUCGGUGUGGCCAAUGCAAUUGCUUUAGUUGUUAUUUUAUACAAUCAGACGAAAAAAAUAAAUUUAGCCAGGACUAAAGAUAGCAUGCAUCCAUUGUUUAGAUCUCUUUAA